AUGGAAACAAAAUCCCAUGAGCAGCUUCACAUUUUCUUCUUUCCAUAUAUGGCUCAAGGCCAUAGCAUACCUCUCAUAGACAUGGCCAAAAUAUUUGCUUCUCAUGGUGUAAAAUCCACCCUAAUAACCACUCCUCUCAAUGCACCACUUUUCUCAAAAGCAAUCCAAAGCAGCAAAGAAUUGGGGUUCAAAAUUGAACUUAUUGUCAUCAGAUUCCCAACUGAAGAAGUUGGGUUGCCUCCGGGAUGUGAAAGCGCUAGCUUGGCUACAACCAAUGAGAUGAAGGAAAAGUUCUUCAGAGCUACCACCCUUCUCCAGACACAGCUUGAGCAGAUUUUGGACCAACAGCGCCCUCACUGCCUCCUUGCAGACACUUUCUUUCCUUGGGCCACAGAUGUUGCUGCCAAGUUUGGUAUUCCAAGGCUCAUAUUUCAUGGCACUGGUUUCUUCCCUUUAUGUGCUUCACUUAGUGUGAUAUUGUAUGAGCCUCACUUGAAGGUUUCAUCUGAUUCAGAAGUUUUUAAUAUUCCUAAUUUUCCAGUUGAGAUUAAGCUGACAGGAAGCCAAAUACCGGCUUUUCUCAAGACAAAUGUUGAAACAGAAUUCACCAAGUUGUAUAAAGCAUCCAAAGCGUGCGAGGAAAGGAGCUAUGGCGUUAUUGUUAACAGCUUCUAUGAACUUGAACCAGUUUAUGCAGAUCAUUACAGGAAGGUGUUUGGGAGGAAGGCAUGGCAUAUAGGCCCGGUUUCGUUAUGUAACAAGGCAGUAGAGGAUAAAGCAGAGAUGAGGGGAAUGGAAGCCUCCCUUGAUGAACAUGAGUGCUUGAAUUGGCUUAAUUCUAAGAAACCCAAUUCAGUUGUUUACAUAUGUUUUGGAAGCAUGACCAAUUUCACUGAUCCUCAGCUCUUUGAAAUUGCAUUGGGGCUUGAGGCAAGUGGGAGGGAAUUCAUUUGGGUUGUGAAGAAAGAAAAGAAAGAAAAGGAAGAGUGGUUGUCUGAAGGGUUUGAAAAGAGAAUGGAAGGUAAGGGACUAAUUAUAAGAGGUUGGGCUCCACAAGUGCUGAUUCUUGAGCAUGAAGCAAUUGGAGGCUUUGUGACUCACUGUGGGUGGAACUCUAUCCUUGAAGGAGUUUCCUCUGGGGUGCCAAUGAUCACAUGGCCCGUGUCCGCCGAACAAUUUUACAAUGAGAAGUUGUUGACUGAGAUACUGAGAAUUGGGGUUGCUGUUGGUGUUCAACAGUGGGCUACAUUUGUAGAUGUGAAGCAGGAAGCCAGUGUGAAGAGAGAGGCCAUAGAGAAGGCUGUGACUGAAAUCAUGGUUGGUGAUGAAGCAGAGGAAAUCAGAAGCAGAGCCAAGGCGCUUCGAGAGAUGGCAAGGAGGGCUGUUGAAGAAGGUGGUUCAUCUUUCUCAGAUUUAACUGCACUUAUUGAAGAGUUGAAGUCCCUUAAGGCUUGA